GGCGCCCCCCGCGCCCAGCCCACCUCUCGGGUGUCGCUCUCCCCUCCCGGCGCGGGGAUGGAGGGCGGGGGCGCAGCCGCAGCAGCCCCCGGUGAGGGUCUCCGCCAGGCCCAGGCCCCAUCGCAGGGGCAGGUGGGGGCUGCCGAGCCCCCCGAGAGGGCGGCAGCCGACCCAGAGCUGUGGCAGGAACUGUGCAAAGCGAAGCAUGAGUGCAGCGUGGCCGCAGGUACCAUCUCUUCCCUGCAAAGACAACUGGAGAUCCAAGAAUCCCAGCUUCGGAAAAUCCAAUCUGAAAAGGAAACGCUCCAAAAGAAGCUCAGAAAGCAAGAAAAUCAGCUCCAAGCCAUGUCUGCCAAGUUUUGCAGCCUGACCGAACAGAAACAUGAAGAACUGAUGUUGAUGAUAGAGAAGGAGAACUGCAGCCUUCUACAGGCUGUUACAGAACAAGAAUCCGAAGUGGCCAAGCAGAACAAGCUGAUCAGUGAGUUACAGGGGACAGUCCGCGACCUGCAGGCAGAGCUUCUGACCAACCAACACCACAUUCGCAAGCAGCAACAGGCCCAAGAGGCGAUCCAGAGGGAAGCUGAGACACUGCAGCACAGGUUGCUGCAAACUCAAGUGGCACUGCAGCGCAUCACCAGCAGGUCUGAAAGAUACCGAAGCAAAAUAAUUCAGGCUACAUUCAGUACAGCAGGCAUCCAGCCUCCCCAGGCAGAGCUCACGGAUGAGGAGGUGCUGGAGGCAAUGCAGGUAUGUGGCUCUGCUUCUGGCAGCUGGCAAGGGACUGAUGAGGUAAGAGAACACUCUGCAGUACUGCUUUCCACCUAAUGCAUUUCCACCUCUUUACACACCCCUAAUUUUCAGAAAAUCAUUAAUGAACGGAUGGAGUUCUAUCAGAUGCUGAAACAGGAAGGCAUCAAGGUCCCACCACUCUAAAGCGUCAACACGUCUACUUCAUUGCCUACCAGCGCUAAGGGAAGGAGAAGUCCUGCAACGUAGCGCCUUGUAACACCUGAGAGGCAGCCCCAACAGCCUGGUGAGAAUACAUCACCAACUUCAGGCCCCUGCUCCUUGGCUUUGAGAUGGUGACUUACUAACAAAUUAAAACCCUUUUACUGAAAUAAAGUUCCACUGGAAUAUCUAAUUCUUUAAUUGUUUAAACUGACUUAGAGCACAAUUCACUGUAAAUCAUUGGUACGUAGAAACAUUCAAGUUCACAGGG